UCGCCCCUUACUCUAAUCCAAACACAAAUUCCAAUUCCCUGUGAGAUCAAAUUACAAUCUCUGCGAUUUCUCUCAGUCUCUGUUCCAUCUGAUCCUAUGAUGUCGUACUCCAGAAGGUCAAGGUAUUCUCGCUCUCCUUCACCAUACAGGCGAUACAGGUCUGUCUCAAGGUCACUGUCAAGGUCAAGGUCAAGGAGCCGGUCAAGGUAUGGCAGGAGUCCUUCAAGGGAUGUGGAAAAUCCUGGCAACAAUCUGUAUGUGACAGGAUUGUCACCUCGGGUCACAAAGAGAGAACUUGAAAAGCACUUUGCAAUUGAGGGAACGGUUGUGGAUGUUCAUCUUGUAGUUGAUCCCUGGACCAGAGAAUCCCGUGGCUUUGGGUUUGUUACAAUGGCCACCUUAGAGGAGGCUGAUCGCUGCAUUAAGCAUUUGAACAAUUCUGUUAUUGAAGGCCGUGUGAUUACGGUGGAGAAGGCUAGGAGGCGGAGAGGACGCACUCCUACUCCGGGGAGGUAUCUUGGACUCAGAACAAUCCGAGUGCGCCGUCGAACACCUAGCUACUCUCCUCGGCGAUCUCCCAGUUACUCUCCUUACCGAAGGGGUCGAAGUCGCUCUCCACGUUACUCGUCUGAACGUAGUAGGAGCAGAUCAUUCUCUCCUUAUUAUGUCAGGCAGAGGUCGUACUCUCCUUACUACAGCCGGCGGUCAUACUCUCCUGACUACAGCAGGCGGUCAUACUCAAGGCGCAGAACCAGAUCUCCUUACUACAGCCGACGCAGGUCCUACUCUCGGUCUGCCUCUCCUUACAGUCUGUCACCUGUUAGUCAGCGUGAUCAGUCUUACUCUCCUUACGAUUCAAGGUACCGCUACCGUGAUCAGUCUUACUCUCCUUACGAUUCAAGGUACCACUACCGUUCUGUCUCUCGAAGCAUGUCACCUAGGCCAAGAAGGUCAAGGCGGAGCUACUCACACGGUGUCUCACCCAGGCCUAGGAGGAGCUCUAGGAGGAGCUACUCACGCAGUGUUUCCCCAAAAGGAAGGACUUCCAGGAGUUAUUUGAGAAGCGUUUCACCGAAACCAAGGAGCACAAAGAGUCGAUCGCAUGGUGGUUCGUCCAGGCAUGGAUAUUCUAGAAGCUACUCUAGGAGUCCAAGUGGGAGUGUGAGUCCGAGUUCUAGUUCGAUUUCAAGGUCAAGGUCUGCGUCUGCUAGUUCUAGGUCUCCUUCCAGGUGAAGAGUGAAAUGUCUUGCAUAUCUAGCAUGCUAGGAGUGACCCAGUGAAAUGUUGGCGUGGACAAACUAAGUUACUGUAUAUUGGGUAGUUUAUGGUUUGUCUGUUGACUUACGAGUUAAUAGUACUCUUUUUCUAAAAAUAAUCAGCAGCUUUUAGUUUUGCGAAU